AUGGGGGUUGGGUACGUGGCGACUGCGACGACGGGCAUCUACUUUGUUUGGAAGCUCGAGCCGAGCCGCGUGGUGAUAGCCGAGGUGAUCCCUGUUGAAUUUGCAGCAUUUAUGAAAAAUAACGCGGCAAUCUGCAGUAACACCAUCUCAUUAGCUUACGGCAGUGUCGUAAUUUUUGGCAUUUUCUCUGGUGCGGCGUUGACAAGUCUGUUUGCCCUCCAUGCCUAUGUUUCACUGAAACGAUCGUUGCAUAACAAAAAAGCAAGGGACAAGUCAAUUCAUCUGCUGUUAGCAAUGUCAGGCCAGACCGGGUUUGUUUAUGUGCUAUUUUUAAUUCCUUGCAUUAUCUUUACAUUCGCGAAAAAGGACGAUGACUAUGCGAUACUGUGGAUCGUAUCAAUAUUGAUUGUAAGCCUGCACAACGCUGCCGCUUCACUAUUUAUCGUCGGCACCACGCCGUCAUACCGAAAAACGGCUCGCCUGUUGUUGAAUAGGACUCUCCGCUUGGCAACAGGCUCCCUGAUCUCUAACCUAACAACAAAAACAUCGGUUGUCAUCUCGCAUGUUUCGCCGAUGAAUGUUGUGCAUCCGAGAAAUUUUGGGAGA